AUGUCGCACUCCGGUUACUCGAUGGGUAACCAAUUUGGCAACCCCAACGAAGGGGUGGACCCUUCCGACUUGACCAUGCAGCAACAGAAUGGCUUCAUGCCUUACUCUUACGGCUCGCAGCAGAACAUGUCAUCCAGCUUCAACUUCGGAAACUCCGGCAUCGACACAGAUGAGUUGCUGGAUUUGGAGAUCAGCGGGCAGAAUGGUGUUCAGCGCGAUAGCAGCAUGAAUUAUCUCCAGGACCAGUCUGGCGGCAUCGCCAUGAGUCACCAGAGCCAGAUGUCACAUAUGUACUCAAACACCCCCGACAACGCGCCGAUGGCUAGCCCAUUCGUCCACAACAGCUUCAACUAUGAUCAAUACCGGAUGAACCAGCAAAAUCCUCACAUCCAGAAUGCCAGUUCUUUUGACCAGAACUACCUCAGCACCAAGUCCCGCCCGAGCAUUCAGGGAAUGGAUCGCACCUCAUCGGACGGUCGCAGCCCAAUGACCCCCAAGACUCCAGCACUUGGUUCCUUGACCCUCGGUACCCCCGAGUCUGGCAGCUUCCCAUCUCAGCCAAUUCGGACCGGAUUGCAGGCUCGCCACCAAAAGACGUUUUCCAACCAGUGGGAUGGAACUUCUGGUAGCGCGCAGUCCUACGUUGAGUCCUCUCCCAUCUCCUCUCCUCCUCAACAAUCGCACCACACUGGCAUGUCGGAAAUCCUCAAGUCUGGCAAGCAUGCCUCGCUGCCCGCCAAGGUUGACAGCCACCUUCCCGGCGGUGGAGACCUCGAGUCUCAGGAAGCCAAGCGCCGACGCCGCCGUGCCUCGCACAACUUGGUUGAACGCCGCCGCCGCGAUAAUAUCAACGAACGAAUCCAAGAUCUGUCACACCUCGUUCCUCAGCACCGCCUGGAAGACGACAAAGUCCGUAAGCAGCUUGUUAACAGCAGCGCCCUCUCCAUGGCCAGCGCAGGCGGAAGCGCCGCUACCUCUCUCCUCGCAGGUGGGAACGGCCGUCGCGCGACCCCGGGCAACAUCACCAUGGGUCUCCCCAUCGAAGAAAAGGAGAAGGGUCCCAACAAAGGUGACAUCCUCAACGGUGCCGUUAGCUGGACCCGCGAUCUGAUGUGGGCUUUGCACGUCAAAUACCAACAAGAGGCAGAGCUCGCUGAACUGAUCACCAGCCUGGGUGGAACCUGGCCAUUCGAGCAAACCGAGGAAGAGAAGCGCAUGCGCAGCGAGAUUCUUGAUGCAUUGGAGAAGAACGAUCCGACAUCUUUCAGCUACACCCGUGGACCUGGCAGUGGCCUCCGUGUUCCCAAGCACACGAACAUUGCCGGCGACGCCGUGCAGGGUGGUGACAGCUCUGGUCUUACUCCCCCCAGUCUCAGCCCUUCGUUCCACAGUGGCGCCAGCAGUGCCAACGGUGGUGGCCAGGCACAGUACUGGAAUAGUGCUGGUCAUGCCGCUAUGAGCUUCAAGGAGGAGGACGAGUACGGCAUGGAGAUGAACUGA